AUGACCAUUGGCAAGAAUUAUCGUCCAUACGUUGUGGAUGCUUUGAGAAAUCGUACAAUGAACAACGACGAGCUUUACGGGAAAUAUCUCGAGACAUUACAAUAUAUUCCAAACAUGAAGAAGUUCUCUAUUGUUGAUCGCGUCGAAAGUGAGGCUCUGAAAGUAUUGAUCGUUGAAAUGAGUUAUUGGAACCUUGAUGAGAUCACUUUGGCACUCUCACAUCAGCUCAUGCGAGAAGACUACGAUAUGCUGACGUACAACAACCUCUUGCAGAAUAUUCCGGAAGACGUCAAAUCGAUCAAUCUUUUUUUCUUUCCAUUCAACACUGAAAGCCUCGAAGAGAUAUCAGAACGUGAUUCUCUCAAGAAGUUCACUUAUUUUCAACAUCCACACAUUUAUAAGAGUUUGAAAGCGGUCAAAAAUGUAAUGCCAAACUGCAUCGUGGAUACAAGAAAAUGGAAAACACCAGUUUCCGGCUGUUUGAAACUUAACGUGAUCAGCGAAUUUCUCAUCAACAUCGCGGAUUAA